AUGACUUUCCACCAUUAUUUCAGAAGACAAACAACCGAAGUUGUUACCACUUAUACCACUACGAGUAGUAGUACCCCAGUCACUAUAACCUCUACAGAGAGUGGCCCUGCCUCAAUCUCAAGUGAAGCAGAAACACCCACGCUUACCAACCCGGUCCCGGUGAGCAACUCGGGUUCCGCCGCUCCCGCAGAGAAUUCUGGCUCGCCAUCCAACAAAAAGCAUGGGGACGGUGUGGUUGCUGGAGUAGCUGUUGGCUGCUUGGCUGCCGGCUUGAUACUUGGAAUCAUCAUUGGAUGGCUAAUUCGCCGCACCAAGAGCCGCUCCAGGCAUCGCAGAAGAAGACAUGGAAGCGACGAGAAGGCGAAAAUGUUGAACCAACCAAGAGAUGAUGGCUCGGUCGCCCUGGGGCCCUUGGCGAGGAAGAUCGAGCUAGAGCAUGUCAUCUUACAGCCGGCACCCGACAAAAACAUUGUUGACGACUUGAGGCGCCUGGAAGUCAUCAUUGAGCAACAUGCUGGGGCCCUCUACCACUCUGAUCCAGUGGACGUCAAGGCGGUGAAAUUGGCUCACGCUCUCAACGCUUUGGGGAUCAGCAAAUCCUCUUCGGGGUUCGACGCUGAGACUGUGGCUGGCCUGUGCCUCCAACCAAACACCCGCCGCGGAGCUCUCCAGCAUGUCAUCUCGCAUGUCCUGUUCAGCAGCAUCGACUGGAACUCUCCGGGACCCCUCACAUUGCUUCCGAACCCGGCAGUUGGCUUUCUCAAUUCCAUUCGCCCAGUCGAGGAGUACCGAGAUAACUUUGACGGUAAGCAUAAAACCCAAUUCAUGUCGUUUGCCUGGACUCGAUGGCGCACCCUAUCAGCAUUGUUCCUACAUCCCGCCCCCCACGAAAGGACACCGCUCGAGCUACCAGAGCCUGAUGUCCAAGACCAGGCUAAGAACGUGGCUAAAGCCUUGGAUUCCGUCCUCCACUUUUUCGUUGCGCCUGAUCAAGAGACCCGGCGCAAACAGCUCGACCACCUUCAUGUGAUGAUUAUUGACGCAGCCAAGCUCGGUUAUGUCUUGUUCUCACACACUAGUGACUGGAGGUUCAUUUACAAGGAUGAGUCUGGAAAAGGAGGCGCUGUUGUGUGCGUGGGUUUGGAGAAGCUGAGUGGUCGGGAUGGACGUCGGCUCGGCUCACCACAGAGAAUUGCCGAGCCUCGUCUGCUUUCUUGA